GGUGACCGGCCCGGAGCGCGCCGCCUCUUCCGCUGCCGCUCCGGAGAGCCGGUUCCUUAGCUCCAGCCCUGGCCCGGGUCGCCCCUGCGUUGCUCUGGAGCGCAGCGGCAGCUGACUGCGCGUUCACGAUCUGCUGGGACCCGCAAGCCCCGCCGCCGUUAUGAACAUCCGCAAUGCUAGGCCCGAGGACCUGAUGAACAUGCAGCACUGCAACCUCCUCUGCCUGCCUGAGAACUACCAGAUGAAAUACUACUUCUACCACGGCCUCUCCUGGCCCCAGCUCUCUUACAUUGCUGAGGACGAGAAUGGGAAGAUUGUGGGGUACGUCCUGGCCAAAAUGGAAGAGGACCCAGAUGACGUGCCCCAUGGACAUAUCACCUCACUGGCUGUGAAGCGUUCCCAUCGGCGCCUUGGCCUGGCUCAGAAGCUGAUGGACCAGGCCUCUCGAGCCAUGAUAGAGAACUUCAAUGCUAAAUACGUCUCCCUCCAUGUCAGGAAGAGUAACCGGGCCGCCCUGCACCUCUAUUCCAACACCCUCAACUUUCAGAUCAGCGAAGUGGAGCCCAAAUACUAUGCAGAUGGAGAAGAUGCAUAUGCAAUGAAGCGGGACCUCACUCAGAUGGCUGAUGAGCUGCGGCGGCACCUCGAGCUGAAAGAAAAGGGCAGGCACGUGGGUGCUGUGGAGAACAAGACGGAGAGCAAAGGCAACGCGCUUCCAGGCUCAGGAGAAGGCUGUCGUGAAGAGAAGGGCCUGGCUGGCGAGGAUAGUGGAGGGGACAGCAAGGACCUCAGUGAGGUCAGCGAGACCACAGAGAGCACAGACGUGAAGGACAGCUCAGAGGCCUCUGACUCGGCCUCCUAGAGCCUGUCCGCCCCAUCCUCCCCCAUGAGCUUUCACAAUAAACUUCACUUGUGGCCUUGGGGAA